CCUACUAAACCCUCUACCUGUUAAAAUUCCACGGUUGGAAGUCAGCCGUUACACUUUACCUGACGCAUAACGCUCAAGAACCGUUCUUCCAUGUAAACCAAAAACUUCUCAAUAUCAAUUAUCUAUUCAGGGAAGAUCAAAUGGAGCUAGUAAUCGCGUCAUCAUCAAUUGCCGACGCCGGCAUAGGUUGCUGGGAUUUGCAAUCAGGUGCUGAGCAGCUCCGGUACAAAUCAUGCGCCUCACCUUCACAUGGACUCGCUUGUGUGGGAGACCGUUUCCUCGCCUCCUCUCAACUCCGUGAACCUUCAUCUUCUUCAGGCUCCGUCCUCUAUUGGUCCUGGUCCAAGCCUCAAGUAGAAGUGAAAAGCUUUCCGGCUGAGCAUAUUAAGCCGAUUGCGGCUAAUAGCGAAGGCACAUAUAUCGUUGGUGGAGGUCAAUCUGGAGAUAUAUAUUUAUGGGAGGUUAUGAGUGGUAGAUUGUUAAAGAAGUGGCAUGCGCAUUACAGGGCGGUUACAUGCUUGGUUUUCUCAGAGGAUGAGUCUCUUCUGAUUUCUGGGUCUGAGGAUGGAUGUGUUAGAGUUUGGUCUCUUUUAAUGAUAUUUGAUGAUUAUGAAAGUCAACAGGCAACCCAUCUCUAUCUGCAUAGUUUUACCGAGCACACUCUGCGUGUUACAGAUGUUGUUACUGGUUGUGGGGGAUGCAAUGCAAUUAUAGUGUCAGCUUCUGAGGAUCGAACGUGCAAGGUCUGGAGUUUAUCUACAGGAAGAUUAUUGAGAAGUAUCGUAUUCCCUUCAGUAAUUGAUGCGGUUGUACUGGACCCUGCUGAACAUGUCUUCUAUGCUGGCAGUAGAGAUGGCAAUAUUUAUGUUGCUGCACUUAAUGCUGAAAGUUCCUCUAGCAGCAGUUAUGGAAUGCAUAUCAUUAGUUCAUUGUCCCACCGCAGGGCUGUCACUUGUUUGGCAUACAGUACAGAAGGAGAUUUGUUGCUUUCUGGAUCGGAGGAUGGCAUGGUUCGAGUUUGGGACCCAAAGACCCAUAACAUUGUUCGCAUGUUCAAACAUGCAAAAGGUCCCGUGAACAAUAUUCUUGUUGUUAGACGACCUCACUAUCAUAGUGUGGGAACAUUCUCAAAUUCAAAUGCUUCCUCAAGAAGGCAUGGGUUUUUAUUACCACCUCCACUGGAUAAAUAUGUCAAUCUGACUGAUGAAGGCUUGAACAAUAAAACUGUCAUCCGUCUCCCCACUGCUUGCAAUAUUCCUCAAGACGCUUUAUACUGCAGUUCUCGAAUAAUUGAUGAGCAUAUUGAGGACUUCCAGAGACAAGGUUCUUCUGCCGCAGCAGAAAUGGAGGUGGAGAGGCUAAAGCAUGAAUGUGGAAGGUCCAUGCAAAUGGUUCAGCAGUGGAAGAAAAUGUAUGACAACUUGCAUGAAUUCUGUAUUAAUGAACUUUUGGAUGGAGAUCAAGUGGGAUGCACAAAAUGAAAUAUUGCCUUAGGCACGAUUAUUUGUACAACAGCUUAUGUGGUCUGAUGAACGUUCACACCCCUUGGACCCUUGUGGCUUUGCCCCGCGUUCCCCUUUUUUUUUUUUUUAAUUCUUGUUAUACUCAUGUCUUGGUAUAGAAAUGUUCGAUCUAUUGGCCAAACGGAACAAAUUUUAUCUGGUUGAAGGUUUUAAUUUAAAGUGAUGAUACUAAGUCCCCUUAGAAUUAAGGAAAUGAAGUUGAGUAAUUC